CGAGCUUAAGCGUGCAACAUGGAUUCCGAUUUAAACAACGACUUGGAGAAGCGCAUUUCCGAUGCUUUUUGUGUUUUUGAUCACCAUGGCGACAAGUUUAUUGAUGUCCGUGAAGUGGGCACGGUUCUACGUCUUUUGGGCUGUGUGCCCACCGAACAGGAGGUGAAUGAGGUAAUCUCGGCCACCGAAUCGGAGGAGACCAGCGGCGAGGUGCACUUGACCAAGUUCCUGCCCCAUGUCUCCCAGUUGCUCAUGGAGAGAAAAAUGGAGCCUGCACCACCAGAGAAGAUUCUUCAGGCCUUCAAGAUCCUGGACCCGGAAAACAAGGGCUAUCUGACCAAGGAGAGCUUUGGCAAACUGAUGAUGGAGGAGGGCGAACCCUUUACCCAAGAGGAAAUGGACGAAAUGUGGCCGGUGGCCAUAGAUCCUAUCAGCGGCCAUAUUCCCUAUGAGUUCUAUUUGAAUCAAUUAAUGGUGUAUUUGUAAAAGAAUACAAAAAUGUAUAAAAGUGCAAGUGAAUUCUAAUAAAAUCUUGAUUAUA